AUGGCCUACACAGUGGUGAAAUUUAUGGAGGAAAAUGAUGAUGAGGAGGUCAUUUCAGAAGUGCCAUCCUCAUGGGUGGAAAAUGGAUUAUGUUGGUGGCCUUCCACCAAAAAUGUUGGCAAUUUGAUAUGCAAACGGGCAGUGCCGGAUAAAAAUAAUGGGAAGUGGAAGCAAUAUCCAGCAACCAUUUUAUAUAUUACUGAUGAUUACAAAAAAGCCAGGAGGAAGGCAGAUGACAGCGAAACAGAGGCAGAAAAGGGAAGAGGCAAAAGGAGGAAGAGGAAGUCAAAGCUCCAAACAGUGUAUGAACCAGAAUCCACAAGUGGUUCUGAACUUGAUGAAAUCGAGAGGGUACUUGCGGGAUUACCAACAUUCCCGAGUCCCGAAAAGGAUGGGAUAAGUAAUGAGACAAACUCAUACAUGACUUCAAAUCUUUAUUCUGAUGAAGGAACAUCGGUGCUGGCCGUAGGUGGAGAACCUGAUGAAGAAGUAAAUCUCGAUAUGACCAUAGUCAACGUCUCAACAGAUCAACUUGUGAAAGACUUGCAGGUAUAUGUCAAAGGAGAGUUUGAGAAAACGAAUAAAAUGUUGGCGCAAGUCCUCCUGCACUUAGAAAGACUGAAUAUUGGGAGUUCUUCAGCUUCCUCUAAUGCUCCAAGAGAGGAUGAGGAGUUAAGAAGCAUUUUGUCAGCGUUCCCAAUCGAAGAUUUCGAAACAACGUCGUCAAUAGAAAUGGCAAUCCAGAACCCAGGAUUGUACAGAAAACUGGUUAUUUACUUGAAAACAAUUGGGGGAGCCUGCUUGAAGGAAAAAAUCAAUAGGAUUCUGAAAAGAAUUUUUUCAGUUGAUUUGAUAGCCCAGUCCAGCUGGUUGGGGCAAAGCAGAGGGGAAAAAAAGAAUUUUCGGCUGAGUAGCCUGAAACUGAUAAAUGCAGUGAAAGAGGCUGUGUGGGAUGACCCAGCUUUUAAUGAAAAAACUUUCGAAACAAUAGCUAGUGAAUGGACGAGACAGGGAAAGCAGAGAAAAAUUCGCUCUGAAAAGAAGAAUGUUCAAAAUUAGGUCUUUGGGAUUUUUCGAUUUUUUCCUUUUUUUUAAUUGUGU